AUGUAUGAGGCACAAGAAAUUAAUGCAGAACACAAAGACCUUAUCAACCAUGUGGUUUACGAUUAUUAUGGUACUCGCAUGGCCACAUGUUCUAUCGAUCAUUUUGUUAAAGUGUGGAAUCAAAAUAAGGAAGGAAAAUGGACGCAAACUUGCAGCUAGAAAGCGCGCAGCGGGGCUGUUUGGAAAGUUACCUGGGCUCAUCCAGGGCAAGUGCUGGCCACUUGUUCGUUUGAUCGCACUGCCGCUGUUUGGGAAGAAAUAGUUGGAGAUCCUGCUCCAGGUAAAAGAGGCACUAGGCAUUGUGUCAGACGAACAAAUUUGGUUGACUCUAGAACAUCUGUCACUGAUGUUAAGUUUGGACCAAAAAAUCAAGGACUGCAGUUGGCAACAUGCUCUGCCGAAGGAAUUAUAAGGAUUUACGAAGCUCCAGAUGUUAUGAAUUUGAGUCAGUGGAUCUUGCAACAUGAAAUACAAUGCAAACUGUCGCUAAGUUGUCUUUCAUGGAAUCCCAGUUUAUCUAAGUUACACCCUACUGAUGCCGUGCAUGAUAUAGCAUUUUCUACCAAUUUGGGAAGGAGUUUUCACAUUUUAGGAGUAGCUACCAAAGAUGUAAACUGA